CCUAGUUUAUUUGAGACGCGAUCAUAAAAAAACGACAGUAGGUAGUUGUGUACUAUACUGUACGUGCUACACAAUUGUGCUAAGUCAAGAAAAUUGAAAAGAGAAUUCAGAGCAUAACAAGUAUCUCAGAGUCUGACUUGGAGGAAAAGUAUUGCCAACACCGAGAAAGGCGAAAUGGACGGGAAAGGGAAUAAUCGAGGGGCAUACGCUCAAGUCACAGCACCGAUCGGAGAUGACCCUAAGGUGACCAUCCAGCAAGGGGGCAAAAGCGGGGGAAUGUGCUCAUCUUGUACCCCGAAGAGACUUGGUAUUGCAAUCGCUGCGGCCAUACUUCUUAUCAUCUUAAUCAUCGUCAUAGUUGUGAUAAGUACGAAGAACAAUAACGGUCCCAAAGCUGUUAAAGGCAAUACUACUGCAACUGAAGCUUCAAGAGUCAGCCCGGAAAUGGUUACAACUAAACACUUGAAUCCAAGCAUUUCUAGUAUGACUACGGGUGUAACGGUUACAACUAAACACUUGAAUCCAAGCAUGUCUAGUAUGACUACGGGUGUAACGACGCCAACCCAGCCACCAACGAUGAAGGCGACGACAACAUUUGGGCCCGCAGUAUUGGAAAUUUCGAUGGGACCUUCGUCAUGGACAAAGCCUAUGGCACUUACUUUGACGAUGGCCGAGCCCCGGCGACAACUGCCUUCACGAAAAUUUCACAGGAGCGAUGGAUGAGGUAUAUAAUGUCACCAGUGCGGCAAAGUACCUGUACGAACAAACUAUUGUGACCCAGUUGGUGCAAAAUGGAACCUACGUGCAGGUGAGGUUCACCGUGGCGCUAAACGCCAUAAACCGAGGGGGCAGAGAUUACCUGGUCAGCACGCUAGGAUCCUUCCCGUCAAAUGCAUUGAAUACGUACCCCGUGCUCUACGCAGACGUCGGACCUGAGGUAGACCCCUCAACGGGUGCUUAGGGGGAGUUCCUAUCAUCAUGUUAGUCAUCGGUGGGUCUCCGCCAUCUCUUGCAGAAGCAGUUC